CCCCUACGCAGGACGAGCUCAGGACCGCCUCCCAGCCUCACUGCGCCCCAUUCCCCGCCCCGCCUGACCCCCAGGUUUCGGCUCACCCCGGGACCCGGCCCUAGCUCCUGCCCCCUGCCCAGGACCGGGCCCAGCCACGCUCUCCCAGCCACUCGCCGCCUCGGCCCCGCCCCGCACUCCGGCCACUCGGCGGUUACCAGCUGGUCCCGCCCGCCCGACGCAGGCGCCGCGCAGCCAAUCGGCGGCUGCCACACAGCGGCCCGAGCCGGGCUUGGGGGCUGGGACCUCCGGCUGCAGGUCCGCCUGGGCCAGACGCGCGAGCGCAGGCAGCCGGUGUGUGGUCACCCGCACGACCUCCGCAGUCCCAGCCGAGCCGUGACCCUUCCGGCCGCCUCCAUCCCACCUCGCCGCCAUGCGCCUUCGCCGCCCUGCGCUGUUCCCGGGCGUGGCGCUGCUUCUCGCCGCGGCCCGCCUCGCCGCUGCCUCCGAUGUGCUAGAACUCACGGACGACAACUUCGAGAGUCGCGUCUCCGACACGGGCUCUGCGGGCCUCAUGCUCGUGGAGUUCUUCGCCCCCUGGUGUGGACACUGCAAGAGACUUGCUCCUGAAUAUGAAGCUGCAGCUACCAGAUUAAAAGGAAUAGUCCCAUUAGCAAAGGUUGAUUGCACUGCCAACACUAACACCUGUAAUAAAUACGGAGUCAGUGGCUAUCCAACCCUGAAGAUAUUUAGAGAUGGUGAAGAAGCAGGUGCUUAUGAUGGACCUAGGACUGCUGAUGGAAUUGUCAGCCACCUGAAGAAGCAGGCAGGACCAGCUUCAGUGCCUCUCAGGACUGAGGAAGAAUUUAAGAAAUUCAUUAGUGAUAAAGAUGCGUCUGUAGUAGGUUUUUUCGAUGAUUUGUUCAGUGAAGCUCACUCUGAGUUCCUAAAAGCAGCCAGCAACUUGAGGGAUAACUACCGAUUUGCACAUACGAAUGUUAAGUCUCUGGUGAACGAGUAUGAUGAUAAUGGAGAGGGUAUCAUCUUAUUUCGUCCUUCACAUCUGACUAACAAGUUUGAGGACAAGACUGUGGCAUAUACAGAGCAAAAAAUGACCAGUGGCAAAAUUAAAAAGUUCAUCCAGGAAAACAUUUUCGGUAUCUGUCCUCACAUAACAGAAGACAAUAAAGAUUUGAUACAGGGCAAGGACUUACUUAUUGCUUACUAUGAUGUGGACUAUGAAAAGAAUGCUAAAGGUUCCAACUACUGGAGAAACAGGGUAAUGAUGGUGGCAAAGAAAUUCCUGGAUGCUGGGCACAAACUCAACUUUGCUGUAGCUAGCCGCAAAACCUUUAGCCAUGAACUUUCUGAUUUUGGCUUGGAGAGCACUGCUGGAGAGAUUCCUGUUGUUGCUAUCAGAACUGCUAAAGGAGAGAAGUUUGUCAUGCAGGAGGAGUUCUCGCGUGAUGGGAAGGCUCUGGAGAGGUUCCUGCAGGAUUACUUUGAUGGCAAUCUGAAGAGAUACCUGAAGUCUGAACCUAUCCCAGAGAGCAAUGAUGGGCCUGUAAAGGUAGUUGUAGCAGAGAAUUUUGAUGAAAUAGUGAAUAAUGAAAAUAAAGAUGUACUGAUUGAAUUUUAUGCUCCUUGGUGUGGUCACUGUAAGAAUCUGGAGCCCAAGUAUAAAGAACUUGGAGAGAAGCUCAGCAAAGACCCAAAUAUCGUCAUAGCCAAGAUGGAUGCCACAGCCAAUGACGUGCCUUCUCCGUAUGAAGUCAGAGGUUUUCCUACCAUAUACUUCUCUCCAGCCAACAAGAAGCUAAAUCCAAAGAAAUAUGAAGGUGGCCGUGAAUUAAGUGAUUUUAUUAGCUAUCUACAACGAGAAGCUACAAACCCCCCUGUAAUUCAAGAAGAAAAACCCAAGAAGAAGAAGAAGGCACAGGAGGAUCUCUAAAGCAGUAGCCAAACGCCACUUUGUAAAAGGACUCUUCCACCAGAGAUGGGAAAACCAUUAGGGAGGACUGAGACCCAUAUGGGAAUUAUUACCUCUCAGGGCUGAGAGGACAGAAUGGAUAUAAUCUGAAUCCUGUUAAAUUUUCUCUAAACUGUUUCUUAGCUGCACUGUUUAUGGAAAUACCAGGACCAGUUUAUGUUUGUGGUUUUGGGAAAAAUUAUUUGUGUUGGGGGAAAUGUUUUGGGGGUGGGGUUGAGUUGGGGGUAUUUUCUAAUUUUUUUUGUACAUUUGGAACAGUGACAAUAAAUGAGACCCCUUUAAACUGUCUUAUUUUCCACAAGAUUGAGAACCAGGUGUUCUCUGCACACUAUGACUGUUCAAUAGAGCUUUCCUCAGUGAUGGAAAUGCUCUGUAAUCUACACUGUUCAGUACAGGUAGCUAUGGAGCAUCUGAAAUAUGGCUAGAAACUACAUUUUUAGUCUUCAUUAAUUUAAAUAGCAAUACAGUUGCCACCAUACUGAUCACUGCGGCUGUAGACUGACUGACUGGGUCCAUAAUCACCUCAAAAUUCUUUCAAAAUUUAUUAUCUCUUUCUCUCCUUACAUGUUUAUUGCCCAGGCCUACCCUGGUGAUUAGAACAGGUGAAGGGCCUUUCUGUUAGGCUGUCCAUGCCCUAAGGAUGGGUUCCUGUUUAUCCUUGCCAUGCAGCUAAGCUUACUGCAUAUUUAUACCUCCCAAGGACUGUUCUCUGCCCAGAAAUGCCCUGUCAAGGGUGUGGCAUCACGAGGUUUCAUCCAAGUUGUUUCAGGAAUUGCUGACACUGUUGGGUGCAGUUCUAUCUCCCAAAGCCUAGGGUGUGGCCCUUUAACCUCCCCCUUCAGGAGAACUGGGAAAGGCAGUAUCAUUCCUAGUUAUGAGUAAAGCGUCCACUUUCUUUUGUAACAAUGAGGAACAGAAAGGACUGAAGCGUGAUCUUUUGUCCAACUAAACCAUUUAUCUCCUUUUGUAGGUAAAUUCAAAUCCUGCCCAGUUAUAGUUUUCAGUCACUGGAUAAUUCGAGGUAGGAGCCCUACUUUAGGUGAUCCUAGGAACUCCUAUGUUCAGAAAAGAAUUUUCUUCCUACUAUAUAAUUACAGUAUGUAGCUGUCAAUUUUAAGAUGAAUUUGGUAGAGCCUUACAGCAAAGUAUGUAUCUUGGUCACACACAGAGCUUGGAAAAAGUAAAAGAUGUCUAAACCAUAAUCUUGGAGAUUCUAACUCAUAACAUCUGGGCUGGGGUCCAGGGAUCUAAUUGUUUAGAGAGCCCCAAAAGUGGCUCAGAUGUGAAGGCAGGGUUAAGAACCACCUGCCUUGGAAGAUUUAAGGAAAACAUAUAAACUUGUACAAAGGACA